AUGCAACCAAACAGUUCAACAAGUUCUAAAAAGAAGGAGACGAGGGAUGAUAAGGUUUUUCCAUUAAUAAAGGGGGACGAGCACUUGUUAUGCAUUAAGAGGUUUAAGAAUCAAAUUCCAUCAGAGUUUCGCUCUUACAUAUCGCGUAUACAAGAUGUGACCCCAGACGGUCAUUGUGGGUACAGGUCUGUGGCUGUCGGGUUAGGUUUUACGGAACACGCAUGGCCCAAUAUUCGAAGAGAUUUACUACUGGAGAUUGACCAUAACAAACCGCGUUGGAAGCAUGUAUUCGAAACAUAUAACGAAGGAGACUUUAAACGAAUACGUAAGAGCAUCGAAUGGCAUUCAGUGAAAGGGUGCGAUGAAAGUCACUGGAUGGAAAUGCCCCAGGUAGGGCUUCUCAUAGCGCAAAGGUAUAAUAUUGUCCUCCACGUGCUAAGCAUUGAAUGGAGCUCUACCAUCUUCCCAUUAACGGAUGCCCCACUAGAUCCACGACCUCAAGCGAUAACGCUUAUACAUGUUCACGGGGGACACUUCAUACAUGCUAAGUUGGAAGGAGACUACCCCAUGCCUUUAGUGAACCCGCUGUGGUCGGCACAUCGAUCAAUAGCUGCGAAACGGUGGGAAGAAAUGUAUACACCGCGGUUAGAGCACUACUACGAGUUAAUGCAUCCUAAAUCAGACCGAGACAAAGACAGAGAACCGAGUUUAAAUGUUAUCGAAGAUUAA